CGACAACAUUAACACCACCCUUCCACCUGCCAUCUCUCCUCCUCACAUCGACAGCUAGGACCAAUCGACUAAUUGGCUAGCUACACAUAUUCACCAUGGCCGACGACUCUCCCAAAUCCGCGGCGCCGAUCCCGAAAACCACUCGCCCGAUGAGCGAAGCUCUGCUGAACGAGAAGUGGGAUCGCUGCCUGUCGUCCAUGCUUAUCCGUUCCGGUCUCGGUCUCUCCUUCGGCAUCGUCUUCUCUGUCCUCCUGUUCAAACGACGCGCAUGGCCCGCAUACGUUGGUCUCGGAUUUGGUGCCGGACGAGCCUGGGAAGAGUGUGACAAUUCAUUCAAGCGAGCAGCGGUGCCUUCGAAAGACGGAUUACGAGUCAUCAGGCCAUAAGGGCAAGCAGCGCGAGUGCGGGUGAUAUCGAAGAUAUUCCUUCGAACGGAUAAUUCAGGUGGUUGUUUUAUGCUAAAAUAUGCUGUACAGUAGGACACGGUUUUAGACUUGAGGGAAUUCGAGCACUGUACAUUUGGUGUACCUGAAGUUCUCUUUCGGUCAAAGCAAUUCAUUAUGCCCUUCCAGUCGAACAUUUGGGCUGUUUGAAAGGUUUCAA